UUGAAAUAAGGGAAUUUGUACCAUUACCAAAUUUGGCAAAUGGAUUAAAGUCUUCAAACAAAAAGAUGGAACCUAAAUUGGAAUGUCCAAUGAAACCCCCGAUAUUCUGAAUCACAACUCACAACCAAAAGCCAUGGGAGAAUGCAAUGUAACUGAAGCCAUUUUUGAAGGGCUCCCCAAUCAUAGGCAGCAUGUCCUUCUCAGCUUUUCCUACUUUUCAGGCCCUAUACAUUUUAUGCCAUUAUUAUUCACACAAUUUUGAGGCUAAUAAAAGUGUUGAAGAAAGAAGAAAAAGAAUUGCGAUACAAAAUCUUCAGGGUAAUUGAUCGGUAAUGCAAAUGCAAUGAAAUGAAAAGGUUGGUCUCUCAAAGAAAAAGGAAAAAGUAAGAGGAUUAUAAUAUGAAGAAUGUCUGAUCUAAUGUGUGAUGGUUCUCUCUGGUUCUGCUGUUAAAACUUGAAUCUUGGGGCGACGUUUGCAGGGGCUGAAACCCCUGAUUUUCUAGGGGGAGAAAAAAAAAAGGAAGGUAAUAGUGUUUCAUAUAUAAAACACAGAUAAAAACAUAUAUGUAUAUUUUAGGUUGAAAUGUUGGCGUUGGUGGGGAGAAGGAGGAGGAGUAGCUGAUGAUGGAGCAAGAUUUAAAUUCAAAGCUUAGGAUUCAGAACAAUUCACCAGAUGCUCAAAGGUCUAAGAGUUUCGCAUUUAGAGCACCUCAGGUGAAUUUCACAAUCCAAGAUUUUGAAUUGGGAAAGAUCUAUGGAGUUGGUUCUUAUUCCAAGGUUGUCAGAGCAAAAAAGAAAGAUACAGGGAAUGUUUUUGCCUUGAAGAUCAUGGACAAAAAGUUCAUCACUAAAGAAAAUAAGACUGCUUAUGUGAAAUUAGAGAGAAUUGUGCUUGAUCAACUGGAUCAUCCUGGCAUUGUGCGACUAUUUUUCACCUUCCAAGACACUUUUUCACUAUACAUGGGCCUGGAGUCCUGCGAAGGUGGGGAGCUUUUUGAUCAAAUUACCCGGAAAGGCCGUUUGUCUGAGGAGGAGGCGCGUUUUUAUGCAGCUGAAGUAGCAGAUGCUCUUGAAUAUAUACACAGCAUGGGAUUGAUUCAUCGAGAUAUUAAGCCCGAGAACCUGCUACUUACUGCAGAUGGACAUAUUAAAGUUGCCGACUUUGGCAGUGUAAAGCCCAUGCAAGAUAGCAGAAUAACAGUCCUUCCAAAUGCAGCAUCAGAUGACAAGGCUUGUACUUUUGUGGGGACAGCUGCAUAUGUGCCUCCUGAAGUUUUAAAUUCUUCUCCUGCAACUUUUGGAAAUGAUCUCUGGGCACUUGGCUGCACCUUGUAUCAAAUGCUUUCAGGAACUUCUCCCUUUAAAGAUGCCAGCGAAUGGCUCAUCUUUCAAAGAAUCAUUGCAAGAGAUAUCAGGUUCCCAAAUCAUUUUUCGGAUGAAGCCAGAGAUCUCAUUGAUAGGUUACUGGAUAUUGAUCCUAGCCGAAGACCGGGUGCUGGACCUGAUGGUUACGCUUCACUGAAGAACCAUCCUUUCUUUAGGGAGGUUGAUUGGGAUAGUUUAAGGUCUCAAACUCCUCCAUGUCUUGCUGCAGAGCCAAAAGCCCACUCUACUCGUAGCAGUGGUGAAGAUCAAGAUUCUUCAUGGAAUCCAUCACAUAUUGGGGAUGGAUCAGCUAGAACUAAUGAUGGAAAUGGUGGUGCAACAUCCUCUUCUGAAGCUGGUAGCAUUACCAGGCUUGCUUCAAUUGACUCUUUUGAUUCAAAAUGGAAACAAUUUUUGGAGCCUGGUGAAUCCGUUCUUAUGAUCUCCAUGGUGAAAAAGAUACAGAAGCUUACAAGCAAGAAAGUUCAGCUUAUCCUGACAAAUAAGCCAAAGUUGAUCUAUGUAGACCCCUCAAAGUUGGCGGUCAAAGGGAACAUUAUAUGGUCCGACAAUUCUAACGAUCUUAGUAUUCAAGUCACAAGUCCUUCACAGUUUAAGGUUUGCACACCAAAGAAAGUAUUGUCUUUCGAGGAUGCUAAGCAACGAGCAAUGCAGUGGAAAAAGGCAAUUGAAGCUCUCCAAAACCGGUGAUUUUUAUGUUUCAUUUCCACCAUAUAUUCUUUGCAAAACAAAUAAAACAGUAGGGGCCACAGCCACAGGGGAUCAAGAAACUGUUGGAUCCUCCCUGGAAUUCUUAUCAAUACAACUUAAAUUACAGGUCUAGCCAUUUUCACCUGAGUUUUUUCUGUUUUCUUGAAUGAAGCUUUCACCACACUUGUAAGGUACAAUCUUUUAAAGGCAGAAACUCUUUAACUGAAAGUUCUCACUUCCCA